AUGCCCAUGAUUUGGAAUGAUCAGGCAGAUGCCAAACUUCUCAUGGCUAUCAUUACCAAGAAUGACGCAAGAAUGAACUGGGCCGGUAUCGCGGAGUACAUGGGUCCUGAUUGCACCGUCAGUGCCGUCCAGCACCGCAUCCAGCGCCUUAGGGACAAGGCGGCAAAAGCGGGCGAUUCUGCCUCUGCUAUCAAUGGAGGGGAGAAUGGCAAUGAAGGUGGUAUUAGCUCUGCAGCAUCCAGUCCCGAAAAGAGAAAGAGAGGAAGACCAAAGAAGGUGAUUCCGGCAGAGGAAAAUGCCAAUCCUACUGAUGAAGGCGAGGAGGGAGGUAGUCCUACCAAGCUGCUGAAAGGCUCAAAAGCUCAGCCUGUGAGCAUGGAACAGGGCCAGCAUGAGGUGAAAGAAGAAUGUUCGGAAGAUUUUGCCUGA